AUGUCACUUCUACAGCCUGAAAGUAGUAACCACGGCUAUGGCGGUUCCGGGGGUGGUUUUGACGUGAAUAAGUCCCAGUGGCAAGAAUUACCACCUAGAGGUGAAGACGAUCCCAACAAGUAUAGAACGGUCAAGUGUGGCAUUGAGGACUGGAAGGACCUGAGUUACCUUCCCAUUGGAGUGAUGGCACCAUCAAAGUCAAGGAAGGUCGCUAUUGUCGGCAGCCGAUCAGUUGGCAAGUCUUCGCUUGCAGUCCAGUUCGUCGACGGCCACUUUGUUGAGAGCUACUACCCUACAAUUGAAAACACCUUCAGCAAGGUCAUCAAGUACAAAGGCCAGGAGUUCUCUACGGAGAUCAUCGACACCGCCGGCCAGGAUGAGUACAGCAUAAUGAACAGCAAGCACUUUAUCGGUAUCCACGGCUACAUGCUGGUCUAUUCAGUUGCAUCUCUCCAGUCCUUUGAGAUGGUUCAAGUCAUUCGUGAGAAGCUUCUCAACCACCUAGGCGUCGAGUGGGUCCCUAUCGUCAUUGUAGGCAACAAGAGCGACCUCCGCCCCGAGCAGCGCCAGGUCAGCACCGAUGACGGAAAGAAGCUGUCUGAGAAGUACAACUGCGCCUGGACUGAAGCCAGCGCUCGCUAUAACGAGAACGUUGGCCGGGGCUUUGAUCUCCUCAUCGCACAGAUCGAAAAGGCGCAGAACCCUAAUGAGCCUCCAGCCGGCGGCAAGUGCCUGGUGAUGUGA